ACAUUCUCAAGGGAUCCUGAAUUUGGGUUUAGAAGUUCUCCGGACUACUGAUCGGCUUUCAUGGCGACGGCGAGCUUGUACCGGAGAAUCCUCCCUUCUCCUCCUGCUAUUGACUUCGCUUCCUCUGAAGGAAAGCAACUAUUUGCAGAGGCCAUUCAAAGUCAUACGAUGGAAGGUUUCUUUAAGCUGAUAUCUUAUUUUCAAACGCAAUCUGAACCCGCAUAUUGUGGACUAGCAACUCUUUCCAUGGUCUUGAAUGCAUUGGCUAUAGAUCCUGGAAGAAAAUGGAAAGGACCCUGGAGAUGGUUUGAUGAAUCUAUGCUCGACUGUUGUGAGCCUUUGGAAAGGGUCAAAGCUGAAGGCAUCUCAUUUGGUAAGCUUGUCUGUUUGGCUCAAUGUGCUGGUGCAAAAGUUGUAGCAUUUCGUUCAAAUCAGAGCACCAUAGAUGAUUUUCGGAAGUAUGUUAGGACAUGUACGUCUUCAGACGACUGUCAUCUGAUAGCGUCAUAUCAUAGAGGGACAUUUAAGCAGACUGGAACAGGACACUUUUCACCUAUAGGUGGUUAUCACCCUGGGAAAGAUAUGGCUUUGAUCUUGGAUGUUGCACGCUUUAAAUAUCCUCCUCAUUGGGUUCCUUUGCCACUCCUGUGGGAAGCUAUGAAUACUGUUGAUGAAACUAGUGAUCGACAUAGAGGGUUUAUGCUUAUUUCUAAGCUAGAGCGACCACCUGCACUGCUGUAUACGUUGAGCUGUAAAAAUGAGAAUUGGUCUGCCACGGCAAAAUACCUAAUAGAGGAGGUUCCUAUCCUUUUAAAGUCAGAAGACAUGAAUGACGUGAACGCAGUUCUCACGAUAAUUUCAUCAUCAUUUCCUUCAGAUUUGGGGGGAUUCAUAAAAUGGGUAGCUGAAGUAAGAACAAGAGAAGAUGGUGGUCAGAGCCUAAGUCAAGAAGAAAGAGCACGCCUUACAAUAAAGGAGGAGAUAUUAAAGCAAGUUGAGGAAACGGGUCUUUAUAAACACGUGAAGGAAUUUCUUGUUAGCUUGAGAGACGAAGAUAAUUUGUCUGAGAUUGCAGCCAAUGUAUGUUGUCAGGGAGCAGGACUUUUAUCUGGUGGAUCAUCUGAUAAGUUCUGUUGUAGAGAAGCUUGUAUAAAAUGUGUAAAACUAAACGGCGGAAACAAACCUGUUACGUUGUUUUCUGGGACAGUUUCAAGUGGAACUAGCGAGCAAGGUGUGGACGUGAUUGUCCCUUCGUCGUCCCAAACAAUGGCUAGUUGCACUGGCAUGUUCCCCACCAGCAGCAAUGUCCUAACUGUCCUUCUGUUGGCUUUGCCGCCACUUACAUGGAACGGAAUUAGAAACCAUAGUGUUUUGCAGGAAAUAAAGGGUCUCACUUCGACUGCUGAUCUUCCUUCUUUGCUUCAAGAGGAGGUGCUACAUUUGCGAAGUCAGCUUCAGCUUCUAGAGAGAUGUAAAGAUAAUAAGCUGGAGGAAGAUUUUGAUCCGCCUCUACUUUAGCAUUGGCAAGUAAUUGCAGAAACAGGUUCUUUUGUUUUUAUUUAUGUUUAUGUUUUCUUUUGUCCCUUCAUGAGAAUGAACAGUUGUGAUAAUGUCCUAAACAUGCCUUAGUUGGAAUCGAUGCAUGAUUUCAUGAACA